AUGCUGGGACACCAGUUCGCGUAUUCGGCGGCCCCCAUCCGCAAGGUGCGGGAAGUACAGUUCGGUAUCCUCUCUCCAGAAGAGAUAAAAGCAUACUCAGUUGCAAAAAUUGAGCACCCGGAGGUCAUGGACGAGACCACCCACAAACCCAAGUUGGGUGGUCUCAUGGACCCCCGCAUGGGCACGAUAGACCGCAACUUCAAGUGUCAGACGUGUGGAGAGGGGAUGUCAGAAUGUCCUGGGCACUUCGGGCACAUUGAGCUGGCGAGACCCGUGUUUCACCCUGGGUUCAUUGUGAAAGUGAAAAAGAUCCUGGAGUGUAUCUGUGUAAAUUGCGGGCGGUUGAAGGCUGAUAGCUCCGACCCCACGUUCGCGGAUCGAAUCAGGCAUAUUCGCGAUCCCAAGGCUCGCAUGCAAGCCGUCUGGAAUUACUGCAAGAGCAAGAUGAUUUGCGAGCCUGACGAACCCAAGGACGACAAUGACAACGCGGACGAUGAGGCUAAGAAGGGUCAUGGCGGAUGUGGUGCCACUCAACCUCAGGUCAGGAAAGAGGGGCUGAAGCUUUUUGUUCAGUACAAGCGGGGGAAGGACGAAGAUGAGUCGCUCCAGCCGGACAAGCGGCUAUUCCCUCCACACGAGGUCUACACGGCGUUGAAGAAGGUUUCGGAGUCGGACCUUCAUCUCCUUGGGCUCUCAGUCGAGUAUGCCCGGCCAGAGUGGAUGAUCCUCACGGUUCUUCCGGUACCCCCUCCCCCUGUACGACCUAGUAUCGCUGUCGAUGGUGGCACGAUGCGCAGUGAGGAUGAUCUGACAUACAAGCUCGGAGACAUCAUCAAGGCGUCGGCGAACGUCCGUCGUUGCGAACAGGAGGGCGCACCCGCGCACGUCAUUAACGAAUUCGAACAGCUUCUGCAGUUCCACGUUGCGACAUACAUGGACAACGAUAUCGCCGGUAUCCCCCAGGCGCUGCAAAAGUCGGGUCGUCCUGUUAAAGCCAUCCGUGCUCGUCUGAAGGGCAAAGAAGGACGUCUGCGUGGUAACCUGAUGGGUAAACGUGUCGACUUUUCUGCUCGGACGGUCAUCACCGGUGAUCCCAAUCUCGAACUGGACGAGGUCGGCGUACCUAGGAGUAUUGCGAUGAACCUGACUUUUCCCGAACGAGUGACACCGUACAACAUCACGUACCUCCAGGAACUAGUGCGGAAUGGGCCUACAGUCUACCCUGGAGCCCGAUACGUUGUACGCGACACGGGUGAGCGGAUAGAUUUGCGAUACAACAAGCGUGCGGAUGCAUUCUUGCAAUACGGUUGGAUCGUUGAACGGCAUCUGAAGGAUGGAGACUUCGUCCUCUUCAACCGGCAGCCUAGUCUGCACAAGAUGAGUAUGAUGAGUCAUCGUGUGAGGCUGAUGCCGUACUCCACGUUCCGUCUGAACCUCUCUGUCACGCCACCUUACAAUGCCGAUUUCGAUGGUGAUGAGAUGAAUAUGCACGUGCCUCAGAGUGAAGAGACUCGAGCGGAGCUCUCCCAGAUCGCCUGGGUACCGCGUCAGAUCAUCUCGCCUCAGGCGAACAAGCCCGUCAUGGGGAUCGUCCAGGACACCCUGUGCGGUGUACGGAAGUUUACCCUUCGAGACACAUUCCUGGAGUGGUCGCAAGUCCAGAACAUCUUGCUCUGGGUUCCCGACUGGGACGGCAGCGUGCCUACACCAGCGAUCAUCAAGCCCAAGCCGCUCUGGACGGGCAAGCAGAUUCUGAGCAUGUGCAUUCCUCGCGGUAUCAACAUCUUCCGCUCCCCGGAUCCGAAGUCAAACAACCCAGUGUUCGACGACGGUAUGAUGAUUGAGAACGGGGAUAUCGUCUUUGGUAUCGUGGAGAAGAAGACGGUUGGUGCCUCCCAGGGCGGUCUGGUCCACGUCGUCUUCCGCGAGAAGGGCCCUGAGGCAACUCGAACGCUCUUUACCGGGUUGCAGCAGGUCGUCAACUACUGGCUGUUCCACAACGGUUUCAGUAUCGGUAUCGGGGACACAAUUGCGGACCACAAGACCAUGACCUACAUCCAGGAUCAGAUCGCGAUGCGGAAACAGGAAGUGCUGAAGGUCGUCGACGACGCUUACCACGCCCGUCUCAAGGCAGCGCCCGGUAUGACCAUUCGCGAGUCCUUCGAGAAACGCGUCGAGCGCGAGCUCAACUUGGCGCGUGAUCAAAGCGGUCAGUACGCGCAGAAGAACCUGAAGGAGGACAACAACGUGAAGCAGAUGGUGGUUGCUGGAUCCAAGGGUUCGUUCAUCAACAUCUCGCAGAUGUCUGUCUGUGUCGGGCAACAGUCCGUCGAGGGAAAGCGUAUCCCAUUCGGCUUCCGACACCGAACACUUCCCCAUUUCACGAAGGACGACUUCAGUCCCGAGGCUCGCGGCUUCGUCGAGAACUCAUACUUGCGAGGACUCACUCCCCAGGAGUUCUUCUUCCACGCGAUGGCUGGUCGCGAAGGUCUCAUCGAUACGGCUGUCAAGACCGCGGAAACGGGUUACAUCCAGCGUCGACUCGUCAAAGCGUUGGAGGAUGUCUCGGUUUGCUACGACGGCACGGUGCGGAAUUCCCUGGGCGAUCUCAUCCAGUUCGUCUAUGGGGAAGACGGUAUGGACGGCGCCUUCAUCGAGAAGCAGAACAUCGAGACGUUCGCUCUGAACCACGCGCAGUUCGAGCACGACUACCGCGUUGACGUCACGGAUCCCUCCGGCGGUUUCCUCCCAGGGGUCCUCCAGGUUGGUUUGGAUGACAGCUCGCUGGAGCUUCAGUCCAAGCUGGACGAGGAGUAUGCGCAGCUCAGCGGCGACCGGAAACUGCUGCGAGACUGGAUCUUCCCUCGAACCGACCCUUCCGCCCCUCGUUAUCUUCCGGUCAACCUCCAACGCAUCGUGCAGAACGCCAUCCAGAUCUUCCAUAUCGACAGGCGAAAGCCGAGCGACUUGGACCCUAUCUACAUCGUUGACUCCGUUCGCGAGUUGUGUAACCGACUCGUCGUCGUCCGUGGCGAAGGCGCACUUCCAAAGGAGGCGCAAGAGAACGCGACAUUGCUCUUCCGUAUGCAUCUCCGAGCUACCCUGGCCACUCGCCGGGUUCUGGAGCGGUACCAUCUCAAUCGGGAGGCUUUCGAGUGGACGCUUGGAGAGAUUGAGACGAAGUUCAACCAGUCCGUGGCGCACCCCGGCGAGAUGUGUGGCACUCUCGCGGCGCAGUCGAUUGGAGAGCCUGCUACACAGAUGACCCUCAACACCUUCCAUUACGCCGGUGUCUCUAGCAAGAACGUCACCCUGGGUGUUCCGCGCCUGAAGGAGAUCAUCAACGUCGCCACCAACAUCAAGACGCCAUCCCUCUCCGUCUACCUCGAGCCAGAGAUUGCGAAGGAUGCCAUCCUUGCCAAGAACGUGCAGCAGGAGCUCGCGUUCACCUCCCUCCGCACUGUCACCGCUUCGGUCGAGAUCUGGUACGACCCCGACCCGAGUUCGACGAUCAUCGAGGAGGAUCAGGUCUUUGUGGAGUCGUUCUUCGCAAUUCCCGACGAAGACGUUGAGCAGAAGCUUCACUUGAUGUCGCCAUGGCUGCUCCGUCUGGAGCUCGAUCGUGCGAAGAUGAUCGACCGAAAACUCACGAUGGCUUACGUCGCUAGCCGAGUCGCGGAGAACUUCAAGACGGACCUCUUCGUCAUCUGGAGCGAGGACAACUCCGAGAAGCUCGUCAUUCGGUGUCGCGUUCUCGGCGGGAUGGACAAGGAUGAGGAAGACCUCGGGCAGGUGGAGGAAGACAUCUUCCUGCGGCAGCUCGAGAACACCAUGUUGGGCCAAGUCAGCUUGCGCGGUGUCCCGGGCAUCCAGCGUGUCUUCCUGCUGGAGCACGACAAGAUCUCGGUUACGGCUGCAGGCAACAUCGAAGCUCGUGGGGACAAGGAGUGGGUGUUGGAGACGGAUGGUGUCAACCUGAAGACCGUCAUGUGCAUCGACGGUGUCGAUUUCAAGCGGACGUACUCCAACAACUGCGUGGAGAUCUUCGACGUGCUCGGUAUCGAGGCCGCGCGUGCCGCCAUCAUGCGCGAGCUGAGGAACGUCAUCGAGUUCGACGGUUCCUACGUCAACUACCGUCACCUUGCGCUGUUGUGCGACCUCAUGACGCACCGCGGUACACUCAUGGCCAUUACUCGACACGGUAUCAACAGGGCGGACACUGGCGCUCUCAUGCGUUGUUCAUUCGAGGAGACGGUCGAAAUUCUCAUGGAGGCUGCCGCGGUUGGCGAGAAGGACGACUGCCACGGCAUUGCGGAGAACAUCUUGUUCGGGCAGAUGGCGCCGAUGGGUACCGGUGCAUUCGACGUCGCGCUCGACAUCGACAUGUUGAAGGAUGUCAUCGUGGACCACCGUCUACCAGUGCAGACCAUGCUCGCAGCUCAGGUGGACGGCGGCAUGACUCCUGGUCAGGUCGCGAUGACGCCUUACGACAGCAACUCGCCAACGUGGUCGCAGGAUGUGACGAUGAAGGGAGAGGCCGCGGCGUUCUCGCCACUAGCGGUCAACGGAGGCGAAGAGGCAGCGUCGUCGUUCUCGCUCCUGGGUAUCGGAAUGAGCCCAAUGGGCGCCGGAGGCAUGUCGCCUGCUGCGCCCGGGUACAGCCCGAGUUCGCCAAAUGCGUACUCGCCCACCUCACCGUACUUGGCACAGUCGCCCUUCACGGGUGGGACGUCUCCAAUGGGCACUUCGCCGUACGCGACGUCGCCGUUCUACGACCGCAGCCACGGCGCGACAUCACCGACGUACUCGCCGACGUCUCCCGCCCUCAACCUAACGUCCCCUGGGUACUCACCGACGAGUCCGCGGUACUCGCCGACAUCUCCGUCGUUCUCCCCUACCUCGCCGCGGUACAGUCCACAGUCCCCGUCGUUCAGUCCUACCUCUCCGCGGUACUCUCCAACGAGUCCGUCGUUCAGUCCCGCGUCGCCUCGUUAUUCCCCUACCCCGGCUCAAAUGUCCCCAACAUCCCCCAAAUACUCACCUACCUCACCCGCUUCACCUGCAUCUCCCAGAUAUUCCCCCACAUCUCCUACUUAUUCUCCAGCCUCUCCGGCGUACUCCCCGGCCUCGCCUGCCUAUAGCCCGACCUCGCCGCAGUGGUCGCCCUCGAGCCCCGCCCAGAAUCAGAAUGGGUCAUCGUCGACGAACCGUGGGCAUUCCUACAGCACCUCUCCAUCCUGGGACUGA